CCUAUCAAUCAAGCGAUCUGGGCCGCGCGCUAAAAUGCACUCAGCACGUUAAGAUCGAGCUUCCGGUCUGGACGGUUUUAGGUUGAAAUCGGAUGUUUGUACGGCGGUUUCGGGGUUUUCUCUGGCUCGACACACAGUCAAGGCCCAGCUCUUUUUUUAUGAUCUUUUGUAGAAGUGCGAAUGGCGGCGGCACUGGUGGGGAGGGAUAGCCCGAUGUCCCUUAGAUUGAUUGAUAGGCGAUUAUGGGCAGGCUUUUUAUUAUAUUUAAAGAGACAGAGACGGUGUUUUUAAUAAGUAAGCGAAAAGUCAAGGCGGCUUGUGUUUUUACACGAUGACGCAGGUUACGUACUGUAAUUGUAUAUUAAUUACACCAGCGGUUCUCACGGGUGUCUGGCGCUUCGGAUAAAAGCCCAAUAUAGAGAUGAACACACAAACAUUGAGUUUGAACGGAGACUCGGUGCAAACAUGGCGCCUACAGUAAUCGAGAGGAUGAGAUACAGUCAUCUGCGGCUGAAGAAAGAGACCAUGACGGAGAUAUAAAACCACAUUACAAGAAAACAAUGAUUCGUAUAAAAUCGAUUUUGUUUUUAGAUGUAGAUAUUGACAGUUUUUCUAAUCCCAUUCAAAGCGAAUCUCUCACUGAAGUCGUGUUGCAGUGCAGAGAUACAGCAAGGCGAUAUUUAGAGAUGUUACUAUUUAUAUCGCCAGUUUGUAUUCGCCUGCUUGCAGAACACUGCAGAUGUUUCUCCAAUUCAGCAAGUUCAUUUGGAAGCACAUCAAUUUCAGUGGAGCUGAAGAGCAGCUUUAUAGAAUGCCCAAGAGCUGUCCACGGCAACAGUAACUAUGAUGACAUCCCCUUCGGUGUCCAUGGAGGAUUACCAAGAGGCUGAGCAGAUGCAAGAAGAACAGACGGCGGGACAAGUGGAGGAGAGGUUGGAGGAAGAGGAGGAGAGAGAGGAAGAGGAGGGCAGCUCAGCGCCGUCUGAACCACAGACUCCUAUGGAGGUCUACAAGACGGCUAUUUACAGACACCCCUUGUUCCCCCUGCUGGCGCUGCUCUUUGAGAAAUGUGAGCAAUCGACUCAGAGCUCGGAGUGCGUGACCUCGGCCAGCUUCGAUGUGGAUAUCGAGAACUUUGUGCGAAACCAGGAGAAAGAAGGCAAGGCUUUCUUCAGCGAGGACCCCGAUUUGGACAAUCUGAUGGUGAAGGCCAUCCAGGUGUUACGGAUUCACCUGCUGGAGCUGGAGAAGGUAAAUGACCUGUGUAAAGAUUUCUGCAGCCGCUACAUCGCCUGCCUCAAGACCAAGAUGAACAGCGAGACGCUGCUCAGCGGAGAGCCAGGAAGCCCCUACUCCCCAACACACACACAGGUACGCCCGAAAACACUGCAGAGCUCUGCCUCCAUCUCUGCUCAGGAGAUAACCGGUGUGCACAUGUUCUCCUCACAGCCGCUGAGCUCGUUCUCUGGAGCCAUGAGCCCUCAAGGUAUUGUAGUACCAGCGUCGGCUUUACAACAAGCCAACGUUACGGUCACCGCUGUAAACCCCACACAGGUGGUCACAGGUGGGACGGUGUAUCAGCCUGUUACAGUUGUCACUCCACAGGGGCAGGUGGUCACACAGACUCUGUCACCUGGAACAAUACGCAUCCAGAACUCACAGCUUCAGCUGCAGUUGAACCAGGAUCUAAACUUCUUCAGUCAGGAGGACAACUCGUCUAAAGCUAAGAGAGGCAUCUUGCCCAAACACGCCACCAGUGUCAUGCGUUCUUGGCUCUUCCAGCACAUCGGUCACCCCUAUCCUACAGAAGAUGAGAAGAAACAGAUCGCCCUGCAGACCAACCUCACCCUGCUGCAGGUUAACAACUGGUUUAUUAAUGCACGGCGACGGAUCCUUCAGCCCAUGCUGGACGCCAGCUCCUCGGACACACCCAAGAACAAAAAGAAGACGCCCCAAACGCGGCCCCUACAACGCUUCUGGCCCAACUCCCUCGCCGCCUCUGUGUCCCAGCAACAGGUCACCAUGGAAGACGGUACCACAGUAACAGUCGGUGUGGGUGAGGACGGCCUCCAGACGCUCUCCUCAGACGGAGCGACGCUGGCCAUGCAGCAGGUCAUGAUGGGAGGUCACAGUGAGGAGGAGGAUGAGGAGGAUGAGGAGGAUGAAGAGGACGAGGACAAUGAUCCUUCCCACUCUGACAUGACCAGGCUGGGCCUGGAGACCAGCGACUCUCUGUAGUAGGACUGAAGCACUCACACACACACACACAGUGACUUUAGUAAGGCACAUCAGAGCACUAAGAAGAAAGAGACGUUCACACAGACACCUCGGCUGACGUGUUGAAGGUCACAGAACGUCCUCAAGCUGUCAAACAGCUGGUCUGAAGUACAGAGAAAGGGCUUAAAGCCACACACACACACCGCCACAACCCAUACACACUCAAGCACAAGUCUCACACACAUCAUUUCCGACGCAGUUAGCCGAGUGCACUUUUUGUAUGAUACUGUAAACUUAAAGAAAGUGUUCAAAGCACAUUCUGAAAGAGCUAAAAGGAAGGAAGAAAAAUAAAAUGUUGAUGCUGGAUUUGAUUUGAUUGUAGUUAUACUACAACAAUGAGAUUUCAGCUCUUUGCAUGCCUGUGUUUGCACCGAGAAAAAAAAGGAACUAUUUUUAUAGCACACUGUCACACGUGAUCGGUGCCAAUAUGUCUGUUUUCUCCUUUAGUUUGUUUUGCUCUGUUUUGUAAGGAGAAUUUAUGUAUGAAAAAGACAAAAAAACACUUUUUACGCGCUCACCCUGUUUUGGAGGGGAUUGUGGUAACUACUUAGUACAAAGAAUGAAUAUCCGCUGAAGGCAUAGACUAUGAAGCCUUACCUUUUUACAUUUCUAACGCCACAAUGUUAGACACGCUCAUAUUUAUGGAAGUUUACUUCCACCACAGAAUUAAAACAACAUUUAAAAGGUAAUCGGGACUUUUUAUCUCACAUUUCGGACUAUUUUACGUAGAAUUGUGAGGUUAUAUGUCACAAAUCGGAGUUUAUAUCUCGCAAUUCUGUUUUAUUUUCUUGCAGUUCUGAGUUUAUAUCUUUUCCCGAGGAAAAAGAGGUCUGAAUUGAAGUCUUAAUUGUGAGAUAUCAACUCAAAAGAAAAGAGUAAGUAAGUUAAAGUUAGAAUUAUAAGGCUAAAAAGUCAGUUUGCUUUCUUAAUUCCAUGGUGGAAUAAAAAAAAAAAAAGAAUCUUCUACACAUAUGAUGUCACUUCCUGUGCGGUCGGCAUGGAUACCGUGUCCAAACAUGAUAUGUUUGCAAGGUUGUGAUAAUGUUUAUGUCAUGCAAUGCCUGUUAUUGUUAUAUGAGAAGAAAAUGUGCUUUUUAAUGAUUAUAUUGCCAAAACUCCAACUGAAGUGAAACCAAGAAGGACGUCAACAAGACUUUGUAUUUGUUUUUUUUUGUUUUUUUUGGCAAAGGGACUCAUCGUUGAUUUAUGACAGAUUUCUUUUUUUUUUAUUCUGUGUUGUUAUGGACAGUUCAUAUAGAGUUUUUUUCUUUUUGUGGAUAAAACUAAUGUUUUCAAUAUUUAACAGUUGAUUGCAUGCGUUUUCAUUUAUUGUAAAGAGACAUACAACAUGAUUUUUGAAACAUAACAUAUGCUCACAAUAGAAACACAUAUCUAUCCGUGUAAACCCAGUGAGACUGGUACAGUCGAGCUGUUAGUAACCUCUUGAUGGUAUAUUUAACAAAAAAGCCAAUAUAAUAUAUAUUGCGAUUUCUUCCAUUUCCAGCCGUCACUCGGUCCUGUUUUCUAGUUCUUUAGCGUGUUCAGUAUGUGCUGUAGGCUGUCUGUACUGAGCGGCUCAUCAUUUGCGGCAGUAGUCUUGUGAUGAAUAACCCGAGAGGAGAAACUCCGUUAGCUUAGCACGGGGAGGUUUAAACACUGCCUUUUUCUCUUUGCUUCUAUAAUCGCUUCUGUCUCUCACACAAACACACAGAUAUGCCUUUCAGACUCUUCAUUUUGUAAUAAAGAACACUGUACCUGAA